UGGAAUGACACGCGUAUGCCACUGUUUGGCCACCCCUGGCAUGCAGCGAGCGGGUACGUAAAGCAGCCGGCAUUCUCCAUUGGGCUCAGUUUACCUCCAGCGUCGAGCGGAGAGACACAGAGGUCGGUGGUGAGCGAGCUGUCUGCAAUCACCAACAUGAAGCAAACUGUGAUAAAGAACCCAACGUGGUGGCACCGGCGCAGUAGUAUGGAGCGCAACAUGACGAUCCUAGCGGCCGUGGCCUGGUGUCUGGUCACUGCCCUAGUGAUCAUCCUCACCAUCUUCAUAAUCAUGCCGAGACAAGAAACCCUCCCCUCCUUGCCCGCUGCUCUUUCAGGUGCCAGUGGAAGACUCGCUGGAAGGAAACCUGUCUCCAACCACAGCGACAUUUGCUUGACAGCGGGCUGUGUCCACACAGCCUCCAGCAUCCUGAAAAACAUAGAUUCAUCUGUAGAGCCAUGCGAUGACUUCUACAAAUUUGCAUGUGGCAAGUUUGUGAAGAACACGGUGAUACCUGACGAGAAGUCUACAGUAAACUGUUUCAGCAUGGUGACAGAUAAACUGCAGGAGCAGCUACGUACUGUCAUAGAGGAGCCCAUUUCCCCACAGGACAAGAAGCCCUUCCGUCUCGUAAAGAAUCUCUUCCGGGCAUGCAUGAACAAGACGAACAUCGAGGGCCGUGGCCUCUCACCCCUGUUGACCAUCCUGCGUGACCUGGGCGGUUGGCCCGUACUGGAUGGUGAUGCCUGGGAUGCGAGCAAGUUCGAAUGGCGUCAAUCAGUCUACAAUUUCAGGGCCAUGGGAUACAGUGUUGACUACUUCAUGGACUUUUCAGUGUCCACUGAUGCUAGAAACUCCUCUUAUCGCUCCAUCAACCUGGACCAAGCAUCACUGGGCCUCAGCCGUGAAUACCUGACCAAAGGCUUUGGUGAGAAACUGGUGGAUGCAUAUUAUAAAUAUCUGGUGGACAUUGCGGUGACACUAGGGGCAGACAAGAACCUGGCCAUAAAAGAGAUUCAUGAGAGCCUCGAGUUCGAGAUGAAGCUGGCCAAUCUGUCACUGCCAAACGAGGAGCGCCGUAACGUGACAAAGCUAUACAAUGCCAUGACAGUCCGUGAGAUGGAGAUCAGGUUUCCCACAAUCCCAUGGCUGACCUACUUCAACAGAAUCUUGCCAGAACAUAUGCACAUCAGUGAAGAUGAGGUUAUCAUUGUGGCAGUGCCUAAUUUCAUCAAGGGGUUGGAGAAGCUUCUGCAGCAGACUCCCAAGAGGGUUCUCGCAAACUAUGUGAUGAGCCGUUUAUCAGGAGCCAGCGUCAACUAUCUAAAUGAGGAGCUGCGGAAACGACAGUUGAAAUUUUCCACGGCACUUUCAGGAAAGACAGAGCGAGAGGCACGAUGGAAGGAGUGCAUUGACAUCGUCAGCGGAGGCUUGUCCAUCUCUGUGGGAUCACUCUAUGUGCGCAAAUUCUUCAAGGAGGAAGCCAAGACCAAGGCCAUGGAAAUGGUGGAAGAUAUCCGCAAGGAGUUCAUUCAUAUUCUCAUGAAUGUGGACUGGAUGGAUGAGAAAACCAAGCAGAAGGGGCUGGAAAAAGCAAAAGCAAUGUCCGUCCACAUCGCUUACCCUGACGAACUGCUUGACGAUGAGAAACUGGAGGGCUUCUAUGAGAAGCUUGAGGUGGAUCCAGACCUUUAUCUGGAAAGCAUUCUCAAUGUCACCAAGUUUGGAAUGAACUAUUCAUUUGGACGGCUUCACACCAAGGUCAACAAGACUGAAUGGAUCACCCAUGGACGUCCAGCCAUUGUCAAUGCAUUCUACAGUUCAAUUGAAAACAGCAUCCAAUUUCCUGCUGGCAUCCUGCAAGGAGCAUUUUUCAACAGUGAACGGCCACGUUACAUGAAUUACGGAGCCAUUGGAUUUGUUAUUGGCCAUGAGAUAACACACGGCUUUGAUGAUCAGGGACGACAAUUUGACAAGGAUGGAAACUUAGUGGAGUGGUGGGAGCCAGACACUAAGAAGAAAUAUCUGCAGAAGGCAACAUGCAUUAUAGAGCAAUAUGGGAAUUACACGGAAGAGGAGACAGGAAUGCACCUGAACGGAAUCAACACUCAGGGUGAGAACAUUGCUGACAAUGGAGGAAUCAAGGAGGCAUACUAUGCGUACCUGAGGUGGACUGAACGUAAUCAUGUGGAGCCUCGCCUACCAGGUCUCAAUUACUCGCCACGCCAGAUGUUCUGGCUGUCUGCAGCACAGACUUGGUGCACCAAGUAUCGAAUCCAGGCUAUGCGCCAGCGCAUCACCACUGGUGUGCAUUCUCUUGGACAGUUCCGUGUCCUAGGACCCCUCUCAAAUAUGCGGGAGUUUUCUGAAGAUUUCAAUUGCCCUCUUGGUUCACCUAUGAACCCUGUUCACAAGUGUCAAGUGUGGUGAGCUCCUUAGUGUCUAUCCCCAAAACUAUAAAGAUGUGAAUGGUGAAAAUCACAAGUGUCGUGCACUGCAUAGCAAGGGGUGUAAUCCUCCUCACAUACCCCUGACAAACUUGUUCCUUACUGAUGGGGAAAUUGUGAGCUGUUGGACAAAUAAGUGGAACUGUGAACGGCCACUUGCGGAAGUCAAUGUACCAGUACUUAAUGCCUUUGCAAGAAAGUUUUUUUAUAAUAAAUAAUUUAAUUUAAUGAACUCGUAAUGCUGCAGUACCUCCGUCUGCAUUGUGGGCCUUUCCUUCUUAAUGCUUCUUACUAAUAUUGCUAAGUUCCUUUCCACACGUAGAGUGAUGCUCUUAAAGGGUUCCAAAGGAUUUUAAAUCUUCAGGUGGCUGUGUGUACAUGUUUCCUACACAGGCUUCUGAAAACUCUUGGCAGGGUGGAUACAAAAAUUUGUUCUACACAGUUCCCAGUUUAAACACACAGUCAUGAAGGUUAGAACAUACUUACCUACCAUUACAUUGCAACACCUAAACAUAUGAUUGUCACACUGCACAUAUGUGAAAACCUCCAUCAACAUUAGCAACUUUUAAUGUUCAUUUCUGCUACUAGAACAUACCACAAACCUGACGCUACUGAAAUUAUGUCAUCUCAGCAUGUUUAUUAUUCAGGAAAUCAUAAAUAUGUAUAAAUAAACGUUCCAAUUACUUGGGUCUCAACAUACUA